AUAAAAUAUUGAUGCGACUUUGACGCUUCACUCCACUAACCCCGACCUGAACGGGUCAGACUCAUCCGACGAGCAGGAGCUUUCACCUCAGAUUCAGCUUCAGGUGAGGCGACUCGUCACUUCAUCCACAGGUGUACGUGAACAGGACGGAGGUCGUGAUGAGGGCGGCGUGCGUGAUCAUCCUGGCCUCUCUGACGGUGUCCGUGUCACCCGGGAGCCAGGCGCAGACCCUGCCGGGCGAGAGCGACCCGUCUCUGGACGAGCUGCUGCAGCUGCUCCGCUCCAUGCUCGCGCAGAUGGAGGACGAGAACAACGGCGAGCAGACGGAGUGGCUGGAGAAGAGACAGCACCCGGGCAAGAGGCAGCACCCCGGGAAGCGCGAGGACGCCGACUACGAGGACGAGGCUUCCGCCCUCCAGAAGAGACAGCACCCCGGGAAGCGCGAGGAGGAGGAGGAGGAGCAGGAGGAGGAGGACAGCGGCCGGCUGAGGAGGCAGCACCCCGGCAAGCGGCUGACUCUGGACGAGCUCUCCAAGCGCCAGCACCCCGGGAAGAGAUACCUGACGCUGCUCCACAAGCGCCAGCACCCCGGCCGGAGAGAGCUGCGGGAGGCGGAGGGGGACUUCUCGGACCCGGCCAAGCGCCAGCACCCCGGGAAGAGACCGUGCGAGGACUGGACCGACUCCGGCUGCGGUCCGGCCGGCGUCCUGCUCGAGCUCCUGGAGAAGCGGCAGCACCCCGGGAAACGCCUCGAGCUGGAGGACGAGCUCACGGAGCGAGAGUGACUGUCUGAGAGCUGUCUGAGUUGUUAGAAGUGAGUGUUCGUUGCUUUCCACGGCGUCCGAUUCACGGGAAACGCUCCCGCCUCCACGUGUCCUGUUUCUGGAUCAACAUCCCGAUCGGCCAAUCGCAACCGAUGGAUGGCUUUCCCCAGUUUUCAGAUGCUUCUGCACUGCUCGCUGGUUUUAGGAAGAAAUCCCGGGUAGCCACGUUUUUACAACAAAUAAAACAGCGGUGGCCAUCGUAGAGGCACGCGCUAUUUGUAGUAAAACUGCGGUUAUCAAAAAACACGGUUCCUACGCUUUAGCUACAAUAAAAGCAGUGUAUGUUUAGGCGUCGGGAUUGAGUGUGUAUUCGGACAGUGAUGUUGAUCCAGAACCCCCACACACUCCACCUCCACCGCUCGCGCUCACGUCUCCGUCUCGUCUCCGGUCUCUGCGCGCGGGACUCCGCUCAACCUGCUCGUCUGUCUUCGGUUCGGUUCGGUUCGGUUCGGCUCAUUUCACUAAUGCAUGCGAGCAGAGGACAUCUCCAGCGACAUCACGCAGAUCUCCAGCGUCGAUAAUCUCCCUCGAAACGGGUUAUUGCCGGAAUAUUUUUCUACGGUAGCCAGCUUAAUUCUUGCAUGACUUGACCUGUACAUGAUUUCGUUAUUUAUUUUUGUUCUAUUGACAAAGAGCAUAUAAAUGAUUAUAAUGUUGUACAAUAAAAUGCUUUCGAUGCGAA